UCUUUACCUUUUCGGGUAUCGUCGAAACUUCAACCGUGGAAAGCAAGAAGGCUAGAACAUGUGCUUCACCAAAGCCUCCUCACUACGAUUUCAUACCUCAGGUGAAUACUAAUUCUAAACAGCUCGACAUUUCCCGACGUAAAGCCAAAGCCUACGCCUGGGAAGCACAGAACACCGGGAAACAAGUAUUAAAGGUUGAUCUUCGAGAGACUAUCAACAGUCGAAAUUGUCCCAUCACUUUCAAUAUAGAAGACGCUAAUUUAUUCACUCAUCCACAUUUGGACGCCCUUAUCAUCACUGCCCCGAUUGGAGGAAAUUAUGUACAUCAGAUUAUGGUUGACACUGGGGCCUAUUCGAGCAUUUUAAUGCUCCGAACUUUCAAGAAGAUGGGCUUGGACCCAGCCGACAUCCGUCCCUGUAAUGAUCAAAUUCAAGGUUUCAACGGGAGUAUUUCCUUCCUACUCGGCGAGAUUCAGCUUUCCAUUCAGUUCGGAGGGUUCGGGCCGAAAUCGAAGAUUAUUAUGGAAACUUUCAAGAUUAUGGAUAUCCAAAAUGAGUAUAAUGCUAUUGUAGGACGCACUGAUCUCUAUAAGCUUCGUGCUGCCAUCUCUAUUUUUCAUUAUGCAUUAAA